AUGGUUGCUGUUACACGUUCUCAAGAUUCUUCUAUGGCGAUGAAUAAAACAAUUGGAAAAAAAUCUAAAGUAUGGGAUUAUUUUAAACAAGUUAAUGUAAAUGGCAUUUUAAAAGCUGAAUGUCUGCAUGAUGACUGUAAAAUUCAAUUAUUGAUGCCGAAUAUGUCAACAACGUCAUUAAGACGACAUUUACAUCAUGUUCAUCAGUUGGACGAAUUUAAAAUCUGUAAAAAAGAUUUACACAAAAAUCGGAAGAAAAAAUUACCUCCUCAAGUCAAAAAACAACUUGAUAAAUUACUCAUCGAAGCGGUAGUACGUGAUGCACGUUCUUUCACGGACUUCGAUAAACCAGGUUUAAAAAGAUUUUUACAAUUUGCACUUCCUGGUAAGAAAAUGCUCUAG